AGAAAGUUGAGACUUUUGAGCAAUUUAAAUUGUAUGUGCCAGAUUCUGGCUCUAAGGAUUUUUUGACUAAAGAUGAGCAACUAACCCAUUUAUGUUCUUUUGUAGAAAGAUAUUUUUUAGAGUUUUCCUUAGAUGAUGAUUGCCAGUCAGGACGAAGACAUUUACAAGAAUUAUUUGUUUUUGGAGAGCGGGAGAAGGGGUUGGUCCGUAUUCAGGAAAGUGUAAAAGUAUGCGAAAGAAGCGGGGACAAAGAAAACAAAGGCAAAACCAGAAAAGGAAUAACUCUAUUAGACAUUAGAAAAGGUAAAGUUGGUAAUGGAAUAUUCAGCAGAAACAAAAAUUUAGUCGAGGACUUAAAACUAGAAGGAUUUACUAAUUUAUGCAAAUUAAUAAUUUCUUCUCAUCAAUUAAUUAGUCUAGAUAUAAGUGAUUGCUCUAAUCUAGAAGAAUUAGAUUGUCAUGGCAAUGAACUUACUACUUUGAGAGUUGAUGGCUGCUCUAACCUUAAAAAAAUUGAUUGUUCUAAUAAUCCCCUUAGAGAAUUAGAUUUGGUUACUUGUCCUAGUCUGGAAGAAGUAAACAUAAACAAUUGCCUAAAGCUUACUGAAGAAACAAUAAAAGCUAAUCUUACUUAUGACACCGAAAAAGGAAAAUUGUCUAAGGAAGAGAAAGAAAAAAGCCUAGCAAAAGCUACCACUAAUUUAGAAAGGGAAAAAUUAGCAAGUGAGAUAAAAGAAAAUAAAGAAAAA